AGCGGACUGGAAAUGAGGAAAUAUCAGGAAGCGACUCACUUUGCCGCCACCUCACAGCUGCAGCCGCUGACUGACAGGUUUCCUCGUUUCAAAGUAAAUUCCCUUCUCGCUUAAAAAGACAAAAAGAAGAAGCGGUGGAAAAGUGUACGGGGUCGCCAUGAAGCCGGUGGUCUUCCUGCUCCUCCUCCAGGUGACCGGAAGUGCGCACAGCAGGUGUUUCUGUCAGGUCAAAGGUGACCUAGAUGACUGUGACUGUGAUGUGGAGACCAUCGACAGCUUCAACAACCACCAGCUUUUCCCCAAACUCCAGACUCUCCUGGAGUCAGACUACUUCAGGUUCUACAAGGUGAACUUGAAUAAGCCAUGCCCAUUCUGGAAGGUCACCAGUCACUGCGGUCUGAGUGACUGUGCUGUGAAGCCCUGCUCACCUAACGAAGUUCCUGAAGGUAUCAGAGCCUCAUCCCAUAACAAGUAUUCAAAAGCAGCAAACGAGGAGCUGGAAGAAUGUGAGCAGGCGAAGCAUCUUGGAGCUGUAGAUGUGUCUUUAAGCGACGAGACCCGAGAGGCUCUGCUGGACUGGAACAAACACGAUGACGAGGCAGAGCGGUUCUGCGUGGUGGACGACGAGGAGUCGCCUGACUCCCAGUACGUGGACCUGCUGCUGAACCCUGAGCGCUACACGGGUUACAAAGGACCAGAGGCAUGGCAGAUCUGGAACAGCAUCUAUGAGGAGAACUGCUUCAAACCGUUCACCAUCAAGCGACCUGUCCUUCCCAACUCAUUCCAGUGCACUUCAGGAAGUGAAGCGAGGACCUUCUACAGCUGGUUGGAAGGUCAGUGUGUGGAGAAGAGAGCGUUCUACCGGCUCAUCUCCGGCCUCCACGCCAGCAUCAACGUUCACCUGAGUGCCAGAUAUCUCCUGGAUGACAGCUGGUAUCAGAGGAAGUGGGGCCACAACGUGUCUGAGUUCAAGCAGCGUUUUGACUCUGAGCUAACGGCCGGCGAGGGCCCCAAAAGGCUCCGUAACCUCUACUUCCUCUACCUGAUAGAGCUGCGAGCGCUGGCCAAAGUCCUGCCGUUCUUCCAGCAGCCGUCCUUUCGGCUCUACACCGGCCGAGCGGAGGAGGACCAGAACCACAAAGAGAUGCUGCUGGACAUCCUGCAGGUAGCCAGAUCUUUUCCGUUGCACUUUGAUGAGACCUCUCUCUUUGCUGGAGAUGAGAAGGAAGCAGCUAAACUGAAGGAGGACAUCAGACUGGCUUUCCUCAACAUCUCCAGGAUCAUGGACUGUGUGGGCUGCUUUAAAUGUCGCCUGUGGGGGAAACUGCAGACUCAGGGAUUAGGCACAGCGCUGAAGAUCCUGUUUUCAGAGCGACAGAUUGAAGCUCUGCCCAAAUCCAGCGAGAAUCGACCGAGUUUCCAGCUCAACCGGCAGGAGAUCGUCUCCCUGCUCAACGCCUUCGGAAGGAUUUCCACAAGCAUCAGAGAGCUGAAGAACUUCAGGUCGCUGCUAGCUGAGGAGCGGUGACGGCACCGUCGAUGCUUCUGUGGGAGGCCAUCUUUAAAUCUGGGCAUGUGAAACCCUGAAGUGCACUCUGAAUGAUCCUCAAAUCCUGCUGAUUAAACGUUUAGACUGUUACCAAAGGUUAGAGUGAAAGCGCUGAUAAACAUAGGAAUAUUUUUUUUCUUUUUUUUUUUUCUUUCUUCUAAGUUAAAAUAAAAACUAAAUUUAUAAAAGUGACUUCUGCUGGAUUGAAUGAACCUGUAGCAGCUUUACAUAAAUAAGAGUAUAAAUGAAUUCCUUAAAGAGCAAGUCACCCCCAAAUCAACUAUUUUUUUCUGAUAAACUAUAUAAAUGCGUGUCUAAUCGUGCUGCAGACAUGUGUAGUCAAUAGUGUUGCACUUUAGUGCAUUUUAGUUCAAAUUUAAAUUUUCUGCCUGAAACUGUCAGUGUUGUGCCGUUGUCAGGUAAAAACUUCACUGCAUUUGAAUUUAAAUCUGCCACCGCUAUUGGCUAAGAGGUAUUCUAUGAUGUAAACUGGUACAUUAUGAUGUCACAAUGUCGUGAGUGUGUAUUUGUUAGACCCUCUCGGUCUGCUAGGCAACAGCAUUUGUUGCAUUUGUCAAACAUGAAGUACGCUUCUUGUAAGGGGUGACUUGCUCUUUAAUAACGUCAGAGGGGAUAUGUAAUAUUUUUCCUGCUGUUGUUUGACUAGAAACAUUUUCAGCCUAAAACCUGAGGGAAGCUCUUUUUAUUAUUAAUGCAAAGGUUGAAAACUGCACUGCACUGAAAUGUUUUGUCUUUCACUGAUGUAUGCUUUACUUGGUGUUUGUCCUCCUGUUUGUGGAUUAUGGAUGUGUUCAGGUCCAGCUUUUAUCCUCCAUGUUUUAAUAACAUCAACCUCUUUACCAAAAGCUAAACCUGGAAAUCAGAAAAAAAGAUAAAUAUGGUUGUGAUGGUAGAUUUUGGAGUACUAUAUUUUUAUGAUUUUAAACCCUGUUUGGAUUGUUUGUUUUGCUUUUCUUUAUGGAAACAAGUUGAUAAUCCUAUUAAGUGGUUUGUAAAAAUGUGAAAAUGUAUUAAAAGCCAUUUCUUAGA